CUGCAUGAAAAUUGACCAUAAUAGAUCUCUGGUUUGGAACCCUAAGAUACCUACCACGCCAUCCGUUGUCACCACCAACCCAUACAACUUACCUAACCAAGGACACACCAAAUACAUAAAGACGUAACAUAUCAGAAAUGCCCCAAACAGACAGAUAGAAAGUCUCCCCGUAAGGUUAAUACCUGAUUCAUAUGUCUAUUUUGAUUUCGUUAUUUUGUAGGUUGCAAUGGGACCUGAGUUUUUCUAAAUUUAUAUAGUAGUCCUUUUAUUUAUUUGAUUUUGCUUGGUGUAUAUAUUCAUAUUUUUUCCAAAGUAAUCCAAAGCGACUGACUGUCCAUGUCUUUUCGAGGUUUCUUUAUCCCGUGUGCCCCCACUUCAUUUUUAUUUUCAAAAAAAAAAAAUUUUAAAUAUCAGUUUUGAAAAUAAGGUGCACAAUCCCCAUCUACAUUUCCGCCUAAAACACCUCAACAUAACUCCAAAUCUCUCCUUCUCAUUCUACCCUUUUCUCUCUGAGAUGGCAACAAUGGUGGAAACAGCACCACCGCCACCACCAAGCCCUAACUCACUGGUGCCGCCCACGCCAGCGGCGGAGUCUCCCUCACCGCAGGGGCCUUGGCUGUGGCCCCGGAGACCCAGCAUCAGACUGACCUCGGAAUUCGACAGCGACAGCUCAAUCUUCUUCCACAAAAUCUCCUGCAAGCUCUUCGAUAGUCUCGCCAAACUCAAGCUUUCUUUUCAGAACAACAACGACGGCGAGAUCUUCGACCCUCAGCUCGGCUUCAUCUCCAAGCACCUUUCUCUCCACUAUGAUCUUCAGAACCACAACGCUUUCAUCAAGGGUUGCUUUGAUGUCGGCUCCAGACUCCACUUUAACGCCGCUCACGAUGUCAAGGCACAACAAGGAGAGGUGGCCAUGGUUGCCGACCUUGCUGGUCCUGGAUACAAAUUCGAACUGUCAUCUGCUGUUCCAGCCAUUGGUUUUCCAAAAGCUACCCUUAAGUUCCCUGCUGGUGAAGUUUCAUUAGAGGAGAAAGAAGAGGAAGAAGUGAAGAAAAUGUUAUCAAUUAAUGGGAUCCUUCAACAUCAAAUUUUGAAUGGGGUUUUCUCUGCUCAAUUCAGGGAUGAUGAUUUGAAACUAAGAUACUUAUAUAAGGAUGAACAAGUGGCAUUCAUCCCAAGCAUUUCCAUGCCUUCAAAUGCAAUAUCAUUUGCAUUUAAGCGUCGUUUUAGUCCUUCAGACAAGUUGAGUUACUGGUACAAUCUUGACUCAAACUACUGGAGCACUGUUUACAAGCACACAGUUGGCAAGGACUACAAAUUUAAAGUUGGCUAUGAUUCUGAGGUGCGCCUUGGUUGGGCGUCUCUUUGGGUUGGAGACGAAGGAGGCAAUGCAAAGUCUACACCAAUGAAGCUGAAAGUUCAGUUCAUGCUCCAAGUGCCGCAAGACGACAUUCACUCAUCAGCUUUGAUGUUCCGCGUGAAAAAGAGAUGGGAUAUUUAGUACGCUUGGGAACAGCCACUUCUCCUUUCGGUUUUUAUAUGGUAGUAUAGCAUCGGCACCUCAAAAUCCUGUUGUAAUGACGUUCAUUGCUGAACAACAACACCCGUGUGGUUGAUAAACUUAUCUUAGAACAAGUUUAUUAGCAGCCAUGACAGGCCACAGGAUGAUCUAAACAUGGAUAACAUAAUUCAAAACCUUUUAUUUGUUCA